CGAAAACUUGGGACACGUCAAGAAUCGAGGCGGUGCUACACUGGAAGCAGAGGGUCGUACCGUACCCACUGCAUAUGCUCCUCGCCGGGGAAGUUGUGUCUGCGUCUCAGUCCCUCCAGGAAAACACUGGCUGGAGUUUUCAGCGCUCAGCAGCAUGGACGUAACCAAAGGAGAGGAGAGCUCCACUGAGCAGGCUGCGUCUUUAUUUGGGGCCUCAGAGGUGGAGAGUCAGAGGAGAAACAAUGAACGGGGAAAGAAGAGGAAUAACUGGAAAAUCAUUUCUGCGGUCCUGCUGCUGUGCUUACUGGUGGUCAUCCUGGCCGUGGUGUUUUCUCGGAGGAAGAGCAGUGAUGUGAAAGACGGGGAGCUCUGGCUGCUGCAGGCUGAUGAGGGAAUUCAAGAGCUUCAGUGUCCGCCUGGUUUCUCCAGGCCUCCUCUCAUCCUGGUGUCCCUGGACGGUUUCAGGGCGGAGUACCUCAAAGAUCACAGCAGCCACCUUCCCGUCAUCAACAAGAUACGACGUACUGGAACAACAGCGCCAUACAUGAGGCCUGUUUAUCCCACAAAGACCUUUCCCAACCACUACAGCAUCGUCACUGGUCUCUAUCCUGAGUCUCAUGGGAUUGUGGACAACAAGAUGUACGACGUGAGGCAAAACACAUUCUUCAGCUUGAAAAGUGAUGAGAAAUUCAAUCCAAAAUGGUACCAAGGAGAGCCGGUUUGGUUAACUGCCAUUCGUCAUAAACUGAAAACAGGAACCUUCUUCUGGCCUGGAUCAGAUGUUGCCAUUAAUGGCACCUAUCCAGACAUCUACAUGAUUUAUGACAAGCGCAUUACCUUUGAGGAGAGAGUGGAGAAGCUGUUAGGAUGGCUUGGUCUACCUCAGGGAGAAAGACCUGACUUCUACACUUUGUACCUGGAAGAGCCUGACGCAUCGGGACACCGUUAUGGGCCAGGAAGCAGCCAGGUCGUUCAGGCCUUGGAAAAUGUGGACAAGAUUUUGGGUCUGCUGAUGGACGGCCUGAAAAAGAGAGACCUGCUGCACUGUGUCAACGUAAUGAUCAUAUCAGACCACGGCAUGGAGGAGGCUUCGUGUGAGAAGUCAGCGUUUGUGUCAAACUUCCAGGAGAACACCACAGGCUUUUCUGUCAUCCAAGGCCCGGCAGCUCGUAUCAGACCCACCGAACUUCCAGAUAAUUACUUUUCCUUCGACUAUGAGAGCCUGGUGAAGAACCUGUCGUGCAGGACAUCUGACCAGCCAAUGAGGCCGUACCUCAAAGAACACCUCCCCAAAAGGAUGCACUUUGCUAAGAACGAACGCAUCGAGAGAGGACACCUCUAUAUGAAGGAAGGCUGGCAGGCUGCACUCAACAAAAAGGAACUCAAGUAUUGCACCGGUGGAUUCCACGGCUCAGAUAACCUCUUCACCAACAUGCAGGCAAUCUUCAUCGGCUACGGCCCAGGAUUUAAAGACAACACUGUUGUUCCCCCUUUUGAGAACAUAGAAGUAUACAACCUCAUGUGUGACCUCCUUGGCAUUCGUCCCGCUCCUAACAACGGGACUCAUGGAAGUCUGAACCACCUUUUGAGGCAACCAGUCCACCUCCCAGUUCACCCUGCACAGCUCUCCCACGACACCCCAUGUGAAGCCAGUGACCCCGUCCCUGCUAACGAUCUGCAGUGCAACUGUACAUCUCAAACCAGGGAAAUGGAGAAGGAUAUGAACGUUCAUCUCCUGGCAACCAAUUCCACAAGUGAUAGAGCCAAAUUACGGCGCCUCCACCAUCCGUUUGGCACUCCGAGAGUCGUCCAACCACAUGCAGCUUUUUGUCUCCUCUACCACUCGUACUACCUCAACGGGUACAGCAAAGAUCGCCUCAUGCCCCUCUGGGUGUCAUACACCGUCCAGCCUCUGACCCCUGACAGAGUCCGACCCCUGAGCCCGGAGUCUGAGGCGUGCGUUCGUGCUGACGUUCGCAUCCCACCGGUCGCCAGCCAGCUGUGCGUGCGCUACAGAGACAACCCUGAUCUGUCCUACGGCCUGCUGCACCCCCCCAGUCUGAAUCCCGACGGAUACGACAGAGACUCUCUAAUCACAAGCAACAUGGCACCGAUGUUCCCUGCAUUCAAAGAUGUUUGGACCCAUGUGCAUGAUGUCAUUAUUCCACAAUAUUCACAACAGCUGAACGGAGUGAACAUCAUGACUGGGCCAAUAUUUGAUGAAGACUAUGAUGGAAACAUUGACGCACUCAAAGCAAUCUCAGGGAACGAGGCUCCCGUGCCGACACAUUUCUUCGUGAUUCUGACCAGCUGUGGGAACUCAAACUUCAGCCCCGUUAACUGUGAGGGUCCCCUGCAGGCCAAGGCCUUCAUCCUGCCCCACAGACCCGACUACACAGAGCGCUGUGCUAAUCGGGGCGAUCUGGCCUGGGUGGAGGGCUGGCUGCACUUCCAUGUUGCGCGGGUUCGAGACAUCGAGUUUCUGAGCGGACUAAGCUUCUACCAUGACAGGAUAUCAGUGGAAGAGACGCUACAGCUCAAGACUUUGUUACAGACUGCAUAACAUCAGAGUCAUUCUCUAAUGUAGCUUUAAUCUGCAAAGGAAGCCAUAUUGAUCUGCACAGCAGGCCUCUGUCCACGUGGACACAGUUUGACCCAUCAUCACUGGGUGUAGCUGUUGUACAUUUCUUCUCUGUUCAAACCAGAAGGGUCUGAACAUUAAAUCCCUUCCAGAUGUUUUUUUUUUUUUAAUUGUUUGUAUUUCCCAAAUGUUUAAGUGUGUGAAAGCUGUUUAUAUACACAUUCUUGAUCAUGUUUCUUAAGCACUUGAUUCAGGAAAGUUCGUCUUUUUUGUAUCCAGAGCUCUGAACCAAAGACGCCGUCACAGCUGCUGACCGGCUCCAAAGAUUUUUUUCUCUGUUUGAAAAUUUUGUCUAAUAAAAGGGAAAAAAACUACUUUUAUUGAUUAAAGGAAAUUAUAUAUAUAUAUAUAUAGACCACAGUGUUUUUUAUUAGCAGGAGCACUUUAAGAAACUCAAAAAUCUGGAGACAGUUGUGUCUGCUGUCGCGACAUCUGGACAGCGCUGCGACAGCCUGGAAAACCCCACAUACGAGAGUUUAAGAAAACAAUUAGCAUCACCUGUCUAACAUUGCUGUUUCAUGUUCAUUGAUUUAUUUUUGUAUUCUUUUUAUACAUCACCAAUGUUGUUGGUAAUUUGAAAUGUGUGCUUCUGUUAAUGGAUUUUUUUGUGAGAAUUGUAUAAUUUUGAAUUGUUUGCAGAAAUGUUUGUGUUCUGUGUGCAUGGAUGGAUUACAGAUAAAUGUUCCCCUUCAUAAAGACAUAAACCCUUCCAGCACUUCAAACAUAGCAGCGGGACACCCAGGCUGAAAGACUGAGUGUCUAUUAAAGUUGUUUGUUUUUUUGUCUCUUUAAGGUUUUUUUGUGCAUAUUUGAAACCAUUUGACAUCUGUGUUUCAAUAUUGCCUCCUUGAGAUCAUUUUAUGAGCUUUCAUGGUCGUCUUGCAUCCCUUUGUUGUCUUCAUUUCUGUUUGUGGUUUUGAUUUUCUUUGUGUCUGUUGUGUGUAGCUGUUGUGGUUUUCUGCAUAUUUGCCACCAUUUUGGAUCUCUUUGUAGUUUGUUGUCAUUUGUUUUGUUUUUUCUGAAGCUGUGUCGUUUUGCUUCGAGGCCUUUUUAAUCUCUUAUCACGUUGUGUUACAUAAGUGAUUGUUUGUAGUUUUCUUCUCCCAUCUUUCUUUCUCCCAUCAUGUGUCGUCAUCUCUCUCUUCCUGGGGCCCGUUUCAGAAAGAAGCUUAAGCGCAAAUACUGAGUUUGUUAACCCUGAAAUGAGGGAAACUCUGGGCUUUCUGUUUCAGAAAGGGAGGUCACUCAAACCCGAGAAAGAGGGGUAACUCAGGCCUGUUUGAGAGAGGGAGGUAACCUUACCUCUGAGUCAGUUACUAUGGUAACUGAGUCUGUGAACCUAACCUGGUCAGGAGCAGGUUUUCUUCAACAAACCCAGAGUUUCUCCCCGUCUCCUCCCUCUAUCAGAGCCAUAAACGCUGUUUCAUGUUCUCAUUCUCUCAUUCAGUCUGCGUCACGCGUGUUAGUGAAGUUGUUUUAUAGCGUAUAAAAAGAACUAUUUUGUCGAACAUGUCUUUUAGUUGAGGAGCCUCGAUAUGAAGGGGCUGCAUUUAGUUGUCUUUGUAGCUGUGUUGCGUCAGUGAUUGUUUUAUUCUGCUGGUCUUUUGCAUCCAUUUGAGCUGUUUCUUUAUUUUUUAAUCUCUUUAGUUUUCUUUCUGUUGUUACAUUCUGCACGCAACAAAAAGAAAAACUCUCCGAUGCGGCUGUUGAUUUAAAAAAGUGCAGCUUAACGUCAGUUAUUUGUUGUUCGAAAAUCGUCAGUCUGUUUUCUCUGUGAUCCAUCCCUAACUGUGUGUGUGUGUGUGUGUGUGUGUGUGUGUGUGUGUCUGCAGCUUAAUGUUUAUUCUGGGAUAAACACAGUCCCUGUUCAAUCUUUUUAUCUUUGCUGUAGAAGUUGAGGUCGGCACAUCAUCUGUGAAGAAUGACUUCGACAGAUUAAGGCACUUCCAUUGUGUAUCAGCUUUUUUUUUUCACAGCUUUGUCAGAAAUGGCAGCUACAGUCCAACACACAAUUUCAUAAAGACAACUCUUCUACUCUGA